UAUAGCGAAGAAAAAAUUAAAGAGCUUGAAACGAAAAUUAGAAAGCUGGAAUUUGAUCUAAAUGCCGAAGAACAGAAAAAGGAAAGUUUGAAAUUACAAAUCCAAGAUUUUGUUAGAAGAUUAUCGGUAGCUUUGGGAGCUGAUUUGUUAGAUUUCGCGUAUAUUAACUCAGAAUCACUGUUCCAUAAAGCAGCUGAAUUAAUCCAGGAAACCGCAAGACUGCGCAACAAAAUAUGUUCCAUUCAAGAUACUUUAGGCUCAGUAGAACUGGACCUUAAGAACUGUAGAGAAAAUUUGGAGCGUUCUUUGCUCGAAAAAGAAAGCCUCCAUCGUCAAUGCACAGCUCAAGUCAUGGAAAUAGAUAGACUGAAACAGGAGAAGCAGACCGUAGAGAUGCAACAUCGAGUACUAGAGCGGGAGUUUGUAGAUGUCAAGAAUGAGUUGGCGGCAUCCAACAGAAGUCUUGAUAAGGCUACUGGAACGAUAGGGCAACAUGAAACUAUGAUUUGUCAAAUGAGAGAUGAUUUAGCACUUAAAGAAGAAAAAAUCCAAAGACUGUCAACCGACCACAAACAUAUUCUAGAUUCUGUAGCAAUUCUUCUCAGCACACCUGCCAGAUUUGUCGAUUCAUCGGAAACUUCCAUUAAGGAUCGGAUACUUGAACUUAUGAACGACAAUAACGACAAAUCAGUUCAAGUGGAGAGGCUGCGGGAAAAACUAACGGCAGAGAGUCAACAGCUAGCUCGAUAUGUGUCCCUCUACGACCAGGCUACCGUGAAGAUUAGAUCGCUGGAAGAUGAAAAAACUCAUAUGGAUGCACAACUGCAGAAGGCCGACACAGAAAUUAACGCUUGCGAGAUUUCAAGAGAUGCCUUGAUAAGAGAUAAAUCUACGUUUGUCAAUUUUCUUGAACGUCUUGCAAGAGCAUUGAACAUGAAUGAGAUUUCCCAAGAUCUGGGAAUUGACCUUCACACCGAGACCAUAUUAAUGAGGGCUGAACAACUGGCUAGAUUGGAGAGUGAAAAAUUAGUAGACAAGGUAAGAUAUAAUAACUGUGAAGAAGAAUAG